AUGUUUCUAAGUUCGGUUCCACCACAACAAGGUGUUUUACAUACUUAUGGUUUCAAUUUAACUGCAUUUGAAUUUACUCAGAACUAUCAAAGUUCUGAGAAUAUUUUAUUAUUUGUUGGUGGUUUAGGUAAUGGAUUGUUGAACGUCCCUUAUCUACCAGCUUUAUCGAAAUCAACGUCAGAUUUUAAAGGAAAAUGGAAUUUAGUUCAAGUUUUAUUAUCAUCUGCUUAUUCAGGCUGGGGUACAUCUUCAUUAGAUAAGGAUGUUAAUCAAUUACAGAAAUGUAUCAAAUAUUUUAGAUCUGAAAGGGGUGGUUCAAGAAACAAAAUUGUAUUGAUGGGUCAUUCUACUGGAUGUCAAGAUUCAAUUCAUUAUUUAACGAAAAUAUUGACUAAACCAGAUAUAGAUGAUGUUUAUAAAAUUGAUGCUGCUAUACUUCAAGCUCCAGUAAGUGAUUCAGAAGCAUUUUCAAAUGAAAAUGAUGUUGAUGAUUUAAUUAAGCAAGUUCAAGAAGAAUAUAUUGAGAAAGGUAAGGAGGAUGAAUUAUUACCUAACAAAUUCAGAAAGUUAAUGUUUAAUACUCCUGUAACUGCUUAUAGAUUCAUUUCAUUAGUAGGUAAAAGAGGUGAUGACGAUUAUUUUUCAUCAUAUUUGACUCAAGAUGAUUAUAAACAAACAUUUGGUGUUAUAACUGGGCCAAUUUUAAUCUUAUAUGGUGAAAGCGAUCAAUUUGUGCCUGGAUAUGUUGAUAAAGCGAAAUUAAUCAAUAAAUGGGAAGAGGCUACACCUAAAAAAUAUUGGAGUAAAUAUAGUUCAAUAAUAUCGGGUGCAACUCAUGAUUUAAGUGAUACUCCAGAGAAUUCAAUUCCAGAUUUAAUAAGAGCUGUAAUUAAUUUUAUAAAUAAUCUAGAUUAA